UUGUGGUGGCGGCGCAGGCGCGGUGCUGCGGGGCUGAGGGAGGCGCGGCCCGGCGAUGCCCGGCCCGGGCAGGAGAUGAGCUCGGAGCCGGGGUACAACCCCGGAACGUCGGCCCCAGAGCCCGGCAUGAAGCAGGAACAGCAGCCGGUACCUACAGCCCCACAACGGACCGCUCCGUCUGCCGGCCUGUUCGCUUGGCUCCGCGGGCGGUGCCUGGGCCGCAGCGCCGCUGUGGAUCCGGCUCGGGAUAGUUACCGUGCUAUGACCGGGUUAUACGGAUCCAUCCAGCCCGCUGACUCCGUGUACCUCAGCACCAGAACGCACGGAGCCGUAUUUAACCUGGAAUACUCACCGGACGGGUCUGUGCUGACUGUUGCUUGUGAACAGACUGAAGUGCUGCUUUUCGACCCGAUAUCUUCAAAGCACAUCAAAACUCUCUCUGAAGCUCACGAAGAUUGUGUAAAUAAUAUCAGGUUUCUAGAUAAUCGACUUUUUGCAACUUGUUCCGAUGACACUACAAUAGCACUUUGGGAUCUGAGAAAGCUGAACACAAAAGUGUGCACUUUACACGGUCACACCAGCUGGGUUAAGAACAUUGAGUACGACACCAAUACAAGGCUGCUGGUAACAUCAGGAUUUGAUGGAAAUGUGAUCAUCUGGGACACAAACAGGUGCACUGAAGAUGGGUGUCCCCACAAGAAGUUUUUUCACACCCGUUUUCUUAUGCGAAUGAGGUUGACACCAGACUGUUCCAAAAUGCUGAUCUCAACGUCCUCUGGAUACCUUCUGAUUUUGCAUGACCUCGAUCUAAACAAAACUCUAGAGGUUGGCAGCUACCCCAUUUUAAGAGCUAGGAGGACUGCAUCAAGUUCAGAUAUAACAUCCUCGAGUCUGUCCAGUCCUCGAGCUGUUGGUUCCCCAUGUCACCAGAGUGAUUCGGGUCCACUGUCUGAGAAGCAAAUGUCCCGGUCCUCACAGCGAGAAGGUGGAUCACCUAGAAAUAGUUUGGAGGUCUUAACACCAGAAGUUCCAGGAGAGAGAGACCGAGGCAACUGCAUUACAUCCCUACAGCUACAUCCAAAAGGGUGGGCUACCCUUCUUCGGUGCUCAAGUAAUACAGAUGACCAGGAGUGGACCUGUGUCUAUGAAUUCCAGGAAGGUGCCCCCGUGCGCCCCGUCUCACCUCGCUGCUCCCUGCGAUUGACUCAUUGCAUUGAAGAAGCCAAUGUUGGCCGAGGUUACAUCAAAGAGCUCUGCUUCAGUCCUGACGGCCGGAUGAUUUCAUCCCCACACGGCUUUGGGAUCCGCUUGUUGGGGUUCGACGCACACUGCAGUGAACUUGUUGACUGCUUGCCCAAAGAAGCCGGUCCCUUGAAAGAAAUCCGUUCCCUGUAUUCCCACAAUGAUGUGGUACUGACAACAAAGUUCUCUCCAACGCACUGUCAGAUCGCCUCGGGGUGCCUUAGCGGACGCGUUUCUUUGUAUCAGCCAAAGUUCUAGGCUCAUUGUACAUCAACAGGACCUUCAAACGUUUGUGUUCUAACUACUUCAGCUUAGUUGAAGUUUGUUCUUUUGGAAAUCCCGUAAAUCCAGAUGAGAUCAUCGUUUCUGUGGUCUCAGUACGUAAUAAUGACGUGAGUUCCUUGUCCAGCACUGUAUGCAUUCUCAUCCUGCAUCCGCAAGUCAGGCUCCAUGCGUGGUGUUUUCAGCCUUCUAGGCAGACCUCAGCUGCUUCUGACCCUGUGCCAUCAAGUCAUCAUUCUGUUUGGUUUCGUACUGUAGUACUUGCUGGUUAUUUCCUUCAGCACGCUCUGAAGUGGGUUGUCUAAAAGAAACAUAGGUGGGAUGCAGGUAGGAGCUCAGCCACAACGCAGCCAGGCUUCCCUGGUGCAGCACCUCUCUAUUCCAGGGGACCUCUCCCUUGCUGAAGCUGCCGUGCAGUGAUUGUUAGAUACAGAGCAGGUUUUGUACGCACUACAUUAGUUGGCCCAAAAAGAUAGGAAAAAAUUGUUUUGUAUUUAUUUUCUUUUUUUUUUUUUUUGUGGUUAGUUAGAAAAAUUAGUCAGCUUUCUGUAGUGAUUUGCUGUACUAAAAAAAAGUAUUUUUAGUUUGCUUUUCCUUAAUUGGAAUUGGUAGAAGGAAGAGGCCCCCAGGUAACAGCAAUACAAUGAGGUGACAGCCCCAAGUUGCACCAGGGGAGGUUCAGGUUGGGUGUAAGGAGCUGUGGCACUAAGGGACACCGUCAGUGGGCAGGGCUGUGCUGGGAUUGGGGAUUUAGUGGUCUUUUCCAAACAUAAGGUUUGUAUGAUGCUAUGGACUGAGACAUUGCUGCAUUUCUUCCUCAGAAUUGAGUUGGAAUUGCCUGGAGCAGAGUAGCAGGAGCUGAAUAGGUAAACCAGAGUAACAGGAGCUGAACAGGUAAACCAGAGUAACAGGAGCUGAACAGGUAAACUUCUUACGUUGCAUCCACUGCACAUGACCCUUAGAGAAUGUUUCUUACAGUGUGUGUGGUUAAUUGGCAACUUUUAGUCCUCAGCCAGUUGGAUUUGUUUGGUGAGAAGCUUUCCACAUCAGUCACAUAAACCUUCUUCCUCUGUUGGAAGAUGAGCAGUGCAGGGUUUUUACUUGUGUUCAGGCCUUGACAUCUUCCUACUGCUAUGCACCUCGUGUUACAGCAGGAGUUGAUCUAGGGAGUGUCUGUAGUGCAACUAGAUAAGUAUUUCUUCACUAGUGUUGCCAGUUUGAGGGUGGAUUAGAGCCAUUCCUGUGUAAAGUGAUAACAACAACCCCAGGCAACCCUACAGGCUUGGGGAGGUGAGACUGGAAAGCUGCCUGAUGGAAAGGGACCUUGGUGUGCUGAUGGACAGUGGGCUGAAUAUGAACCAACAGCGUGGCCAAGAAGUGGCUUCCUGGCUUGUAUCAGGAAUGAUGUGAGCAGCAGUAGGGAGGCAAUCCUGCCCCUGUACUCGGCAUUGGGAUGUGGUGCUCAGGCUGUGAUUAAGCAGAGGGCUGUUAGUUAGGGUAGGAUGGUUGUGUUGGGGUUAAAUGAUCUUUAAGGUCUUUUCCAGCUGAGUGGUUCCAUGAUUCAGCCCAGUGGAAGGAGUGGUGUUCAGGUUUUAUCUUUCUGAACCAUUACCUUGUGGAUAAAUUCGUUGCUGAGCUUUGGAUUCUCUCUAAUUAGCCCAAAAAACAAUGACCACGUUGAAAAAGACAAACCCUUAACCUUGCACCGUUAAAAUUCCAAGUGCCCCAGCUAUAUAAACCUGCCUGUCUCAGAUAGAAUUGUUUCAUAUCGUGCGUUAAAGUCUGCACUAGGAGCAAAGUACAGCGGUGGCCUCGGACGCGUUUACUUUUGACCUCUCAAGUGUUGCAACGCUUAAACGCAUUUCCCACCUGUUCCACUGGUCUAUGCGUCAUUGUAGCUCUGUUACGCGUUUGUAGGGGAUGAAAAAGAGACCAUUAAUAGGACUAGAAGAUGACAUCCAUGUCUGUGUACCUUUAUUGUCUGUGUAUUUCAGUACGCCCGCAGCCACUGGGCGUCAUCAGUCCAACAAGGGGGUAGUUCAGGGACAAACGUAACCUCCAUCAGAAUUACUGGGGAUAAAGCACAGUGAUACUGACACACUGCUGUUUGCACUCUUUUGAGACUUGGUAAGGACAAUUUGCCUACCACCAGAAUAGGAAUGUAAAUGUCAGGUUUUUUUCUGUGUUCUCUUUUUGUUGUUGUUGUUAAUUUGGGCGGCGCUGAUGUGCAGCAGGUCCCGAUACCAUGAGAUACCAUGAAACGCAGACCUGCUGCUCUGCGCCUCGCCCUCCUGAAAGCUUUUAAGAAGUCUAGUUUACAAGAUUCUACGAGAUUCGGAGUAAAGGAAGGUUGAGAACCGUGAUAUUUUUGUCCUGCGAGAGAAAGAAACUUCUAAUUUCCUGAUCUUGGUCAAUGGUGCAUUUUCUUAUGCACUGGGUAUCUUCAUUUAAGUGUAAAGUUUUUAAUACUAGAACAAAUUGUGCAUGUAAAUAUUUUGAGAUACCUGAGAUUUCGUAGUAUGAAGUGUAGCCUUUUCAUACAAUAUAAAAGGAUCAGAACCGCUCUGAAUAUAUUGUACUUAACAGCCGUACAGUAACUUACUAUUUGUGGAACGUUUUCCUUGCUUGCGUAAUAAAUUAAACAUUUAAUAACUCAGUAAAUUAAAAUCUAUUUUAAUGUAUUUGUCUUACACUGGGCUGUGUUCUGUAACGCACACUGGAACUGAGGGGGAAAGAGCCACACGUGGAGCAACAUCUGCGUGUUUCUUUCUGGUGUUGGUUCGGCUUGAGCACAAUGAAUGAAUCCAGUUCUGUUGUUUAUUCCAUCAAGAUUAAAUAAAUCCACAACCAUGACACCGGUAAAAAUCAGAUUCUGCCAGUAACAAACAUUCAAUAAACGUUUUAUUUCGAUGCAGAUAACCACAACAUUCAGAUACAGCAAUGCUCAUUUGUGCUGGGCCCUCUUGGACUGUGAAGCGAAGGACCUCAUUAGGAUCAAUAAUCAUGACACACUGAUUAGAGCAAAAGUAUUUUGUGACAGUUCAACAAACAAAAAAACCACCACUACAAGCUUAUGAAAAGAGCAACUUGGUAAAAGUUUAUCCCCAUCUUUCAGAAUAGUUGGUGAGGUUGUUCUGUUUUUUUUUGUUUUGUUUUUAAAUAUAGCAUAAUGACAUCAAGUUCCCAGGACAACCAAGUAUUUCUCACUAGGACCUUCUCUUGGUCUGUUAUGCUCAUCCCCUCCAGUGUCCCAGCAGGACACAGAACACCACGUAUUUCUGUACAUCUUCAUCUACACUUGCCCACAGAAGUCCGCCAACGCUCUCCAAGUGCUGCAUAAUUCCAAAGGUCUGUCUGCCUCCUGGUUCAAUCCUCAUAGUGCUACAAGUACAAUUCUGUCUUACAGAACUGAUAAAACGUACACGGCAAGGAGACAGAGCUCCAUCUUCCCUGCAAGAAGACUUGUUGUGAUCGGUUCCGUCACAGCUCUGAUGAAACGCGAGCCAUCCGCAAAAGACAAGAUGCCUCUCUAUAAAGAGCUGCCCGAGAACGACCGCCACAACAGGAGAGCGCAGGAAAAUGAACUAUUUUAUAAUCAGCGUUACAAAAAAGAGAGACGUCUUCUUUCCGGCCUCGCAGCUGUAGAAUAAUAGAAAAAGAAGUAAAAAAAAAAA